CACCCUCCUGCUUGGUUUGAGCUGGCAUUCGCAUUGUGCAAGAUCAUUGCUUUUGUCCAAAUUUCUCAUGUUUUUUUCUUCUUUGUUGCUUCGUUUUCUUGUGUCUUCAACACAAGCAUCGAGUAUCUUUGCAAGCUUUUCCUCGCACGCAUCGUCAAACAUGGUAUGACUUUAUGCACUACAUUAAUCUUCAUCCCAGAAAACCAGUUCCCUUGUUCUUCUGAUCUACUCCAUCUAUCAAAAUGAAUUUGGCUCUAAACAUAAUUCUAGAGAUGGUUUGCGUAGUUUCAUUGAUUCAGUUGCCCAGCAUCACCAUAUUCAUUCAGGCUGAGCAGUACUAUCCGGAAGAAAGAGGUGGUUUGCUGCAACUGAGGGAUUCUGUCACUUCCAAUGCAAAUUUGCAUCAUAAUUGGACCGGACCACCUUGUUUCAACAGUAAGAGCCAAUGGUUUGGCAUCGUUUGCUCCAACUGGCAUGUAGUCCACCUUCUACUUGAAGGAAUUGAGCUCACAGGUUCCCUCCCGCCUACAUUCCUACAAAACAUAACUUUCUUGACCAAACUCAGCUUUAAGAAUAAUUCAAUCAAUGGCCUCCUUCCAAAUCUCACAAAGCUCAUGCACUUGGAGUAUGUGUUCCUGUCACUUAACCGCUUCUCUGGGUCAAUUCCUUUGGAUUACAUUAAGUUGCCUGAACUAAAACAGCUCGAGCUGCAAGAGAAUUAUGUAGAUGGGCAGAUUCCUCCUUUUGAUCAACCAUCACUGACGGCUUUCAAUGUGUCUUAUAAUCAUCUUGGAGGCCCGAUUCCUCAAAAUGGUGUGCUGCAAAGAUUCCCUACAAGCUCCUUUGAUCAUAACAUGGAUCUCUGUGGAAGUCCUUCGGAAACAUUAUGUCCUGCUUCUGUCAUUCCAACGCUGGACAAGAAGAAGAACAGUCUCAAAGUAUGGAGUAUUGCUUUGAUUGUGACGGCAGCAGUCCUGGUUCUUUUACUUGUCAUGCUGCUUUUCUUCUGUUAUUACAAAAGGGUGCUUGGAAAAGAAAAAACAACAAGGAAGCAAGCAGGUGAUGGUUCUAUGGAGUGGGGGGAAAAGGAAAUGCCGCAUGGAGAGAGAACAGAGGAUCCUGAUAGGACAGCAGAGUUGCAAUUCUUCUGCAAGGGAGUACCAAGCUUUGACAUGGAUGAUUUACUAAGGGCAGCGGCGGAAUUGUUAGGGCAGGGGAAACUAGGGGCUACAUAUAAAGCAACAAUGGAAACGGGUCCUGUGAUUGCAGUGAAGAGACUCAAAAUCACGAAUGAGUUGAGCAAGAAGGAAUUUGUCCAGCAAAUGCAGUUGCUAGGAAAAUUGAGGCAUGAAAAUCUUGUGGAGAUUCUCUCUUCCUACUAUUCAAGGGAGGAGAAGUUGGUUAUAUACGAGUUUGUCCCAAAUGGCAACUUGUUCGACCUUUUACAUGAAAAUAGAGGAGUUGGAAGAAUACCUUUGAACUGGUCUACAAGACUGGCAAUCAUAAAAGGCACAGCAAAGGGUCUUUGUUUCCUUCAUCGGUCAUUUCCUUCUCACAAGGUUCCCCAUGCCAACCUUAAAUCAUCAAAUAUUCUUAUACAUCACAGCAGCCAAAGUUACCAUCCUAAGCUAACAGAUUUUGGCAUUUUACCCCUCCUGCCUUCUAGGAAAUCCUCCGAAAGGCUGGCCAUCAGCAAGUCACCAGAGUUUUCUCAAGGAAAGAAGCUGACACACAAAACUGAUGUCUAUUGCUUUGGACUAGUUUUACUAGAGAUCAUAACCGGCAGGGUGCCUGGUGAUAGUAUUUCAUGGGAAGAUGAGAGGAAAAUUGAUGAUCUUUCGGAAUGGGUCCGAACGGUAGUGAACACCGAUUGGUCAACGGACAUAUUUGAUGGAGAGAUAGUGGCAGCAGCAGAAGGGCAUGAUGACAUGUUGGAGCUCACAGAGAUUGCUCUCGAGUGUACAGAUAUGGUACCAGAGAAGCGUCCAAAUAUGAGUGAAGUGUUGAGAAGGAUAGAAGCAAUCGAGCAAGGAAACAAAGAAAAAUGACUACGGGAAAUGACUUGAAGCUUGUGAUAUUCAAACUCCCCUAUAUAUAUUUUGCAUAGCAUGAAGAUUACUAUAGGAAUGCUCGUAACUCAUAAGAAUGUCGAGAAACUCAAGAGUUCUUACUUACACCCUUCAGUUAUUCUACAAAAAUCUGUUCAUUGAGUAGGUAGACAUGGGGUAACAAUACAGAAAGCCUUAGAUAGGCCUCCAACUAUUCUUGGAAAGAGCUUGUGACAUUUAUUUGAAUGUAGCCACUACUGUUUA